CCUCUCCUCCUUCUCUUCCCACCCCUCCUGUGUUGUAUUUGGGUUGCUGCAUUUUAAAGCCCACCUGUCUCUCCCUCUGUUGUCACGGUUACCACCUUCAGAUUAUCCGUUUACCAUGGUGACGGACAUUGAUCUUUCUGCUGUCUGUUUCUUGUCCCUGAUCGAACUGAUCACCUGAUCAGUGGCUUUUUUAAACACGAGUUUGAUUAGUAACCGCCGGUGACGUCAUUCCAUUUCCUCUCAGUGCGGGAAGUCCGUGAGGAGAAAAAAAACUGCGGAUCAGCCCAUCCUAUCUGCAGCCGUCUGUCUCUCUGCGGGUUUCAUCUUCCUCCAUCCCUCUCCCCUUCUGUUCCUCUCCUCCUCUUCCUCCGAUCCGCAGCAGCGAUGCUCCCGCCGGGCCUGGCCGGCCUCGGCGCUCUGUCUGCGCGGUGGCAGUAGAUCGGCAGGUCGGUGCGGGUCGCGUCUCCGUCAUGGUGCAAAAAUCCCGGAACGGCGGGGUGUUCCCCGGAGCGCAGGCCGACCAGAAGAAGCUAAAGGUCGGCUUCGUGGGUCUGGAGGCUGGGGGGACCGAGUCCAGCAGGGACGGAGCUCUGCUCAUAGCAGGUGGGGAGGAGGGUCCUCGGCGGCAGCGCAGCAGCGUCUCUGGAGGAAAGAAACCUCCAAAACGAAACGCUUUCUACAGACGACUGCAGAACUUCCUCUACAACGUCCUGGAGAGACCCCGAGGAUGGGCCUUCAUCUACCACGCCUACGUGUUCCUGCUGGUGUUCUCCUGUCUGGUUCUGUCUGUGUUCUCCACCAUCAAAGAGUACGAGAAGAGUUCCGAGGACGCUCUCUACAUUCUGGAAGUGGUGACCAUCGUGGUGUUCGGGGUGGAGUACAUGGUGAGGAUCUGGGCUGCAGGUUGCUGCUGUCGGUACAGAGGACUGAGAGGACGACUCAAAUUCGCCAGAAAACCUUUUUGUGUCAUCGACAUCAUGGUGCUGAUCGCGUCCAUCUCAGUGUUGGCCGCAGGGACUCAGGGGAACGUCUUCGCCACUUCAGCCAUCAGGUCGCUUCGUUUCCUUCAGAUUCUGAGGAUGAUCAGGAUGGACCGCCGGGGGGGAACCUGGAAACUGCUGGGAUCGGUCGUCUACGCCCACAGCAAGGAGUUGAUCACAGCGUGGUAUAUCGGCUUCUUGUGUCUCAUUCUGGCCAGUUUCCUCGUUUAUUUGGCAGAAAAAGAAGACAAUGAACAAUUUGAGACAUAUGCAGACGCCCUCUGGUGGGGACUGAUCACCUUGACAACCAUUGGUUACGGAGACAAGUUCCCCAUCACUUGGAAUGGACGCCUGCUGGCUGCAACCUUCACUCUGAUCGGAGUUUCAUUCUUCGCUCUGCCUGCGGGAAUCCUGGGUUCUGGAUUUGCUCUGAAGGUUCAGGAGCAGCACCGACAGAAACACUUUGAAAAGAGACGAAACCCAGCAGCUGGGCUCAUUCAGGCGGCGUGGAGGGUUUAUGCUACAAACCUAAGCCGAACUGAUUUGACUUCCACGUGGGAUUAUUAUGAGAGGACUGUCUCUGUCCCCAUGUACAGGUUGAUUCCACCCCUCAAUCAGUUGGAUUUAUUGAGGAACCUCAAGAACAAAUCAGGGCUCUCAUUCAGGAAGGAUGUCCAGCCUGAACCGUCUCCCAGUCAGAAGGUCAGUCUGAAGGAGAGGGUCUUCUCAUCUCCCCGGAGUUCAGGAACCAAAGGGAAAGGUUCUCCUCAGCAUGUAGUUCCUACAGUUGGCCCUGGUGUUGCUCAAGGAGUCCCUGGAGGUCCUGGAGGCCUGGGGAGCAUCCAGGCUGUGCGACGUUCCCCCAGCAUGGAGCCCAGUCUGGAAGACAGUCCUAGCAAGGUUCCAAAGAGUUGGAGCUUUGGAGAACGUAGCAGAAGCCGACAGGCCUUCAGGAUCCGAGGAGCUGCAUCCCGGCAAAACUCUGAGGUGCUGAUAGAGAUGCAGGAUGAAGAGUUCAGACAGAAGAGCUCCCCAGAGGCCAGCCUGCCAGGAGAAGACAUGGCCGAUGACAACAAGAGCUGCCACUGUGAGUUUGUCCCUCAGGACCUGACCCCGGGUUUAAAGGUCACCAUCAGAGCCAUCUGUAUCAUGCGUUUCAUGGUGUCUAAGAGGAAGUUUAAGGAGAGUCUUCGUCCCUAUGAUGUCAUGGAUGUGAUUGAACAGUAUUCAGCCGGACACCUGGACAUGCUCGCCCGCAUCAAGAACCUCCAAUCAAGGGUGGAUCAGAUAGUUGGUAGAGGAACACCAAUUGCAGACAAAGACCGUCCCAAAGCAGCCAGUGAGGAGCUUCCUGAGGACCCGAGCAUGAUGGGACGGUUGGGGAAGGUGGAGAAACAGGUCCUGUCCAUGGAGAGAAAGCUGGACUUCCUGGUUAACAUCUACAUCCAGCGAAUGGGAAUCCCUCAGGCUGAAACUGAUGCCUACUUUGGCUCCAAGGAGCCAGACCCGGCCCCACCCUACCACAGUCCGGUGGAUCAGCUGGAGAAGAGCCAGUCCAUUUCCAAGAUCCUACAGGUGUUACCUGGCGACCACGUCGAGAAGAGUCGCUUUGUGACGAAGAUGGUCCGCUCCAGCAGCUCCACUGGACACAGGAGCUUCAAUGCCCCCACCUGUCCGCCCUCCACAUCCUGGCAACCGAUCAGCUCUCAGCUCCACCAGCACGCACAGCCCCCUCCCCAGUGUAGCCACGGCAACACACCGAGUCCAGUGGGAGAUGGGUCACUGGUUCGACUCCCACCUCCUCCAGCCGGAGAGAGACAUGGUGGGAACAGAUCAAACCGCCACAGCACCGGAGACCGAGGGGGGGCAGAGAGACCAGAGAGGGGAAGAGAUGGGGCCAAUGAGACUGGAGGAGGGGAGGAGGUGAAGCAGGAGAGCGACACCUCCAUCUCUAUCCCAUCGGUGGACCACGAGGAGCUGGAGCGCUCCUUCAGCGGCUUCUCUAUCUCCCAGUCCAGAGAGAAUCUGGACUUCCUCAACAACAGCUUCUACUCCUCCUCUGCCAACCUAGGAGACCACCAAGGAGAAGGAGGAGGGGGAGGCGCAGCCCUCUGCGCCACCGUCCGACCCUACAUCGCAGAGGCAGAGUCGGACUCCGACUCGGAGCUCUGUGCCCCCUCGCCACACUCGGACCGGGCCUGGACUGGAAACAAGUAGUCAAAGGUAAACUGGAGCCUAAACCAGCAGAACAGUUAAAAUAAUGAUCAAAAUGUGAAUGAAAACUAUUUAACUGUGAAGUGAAACCGAUCCGAGUCAAAGACAUAAAACACCAGCUGGUUACCGAGCGAAGCGUCAGGAGAACUGUGGAUGGCGAAAAGCUCCAGGCGUCUUGGUUCAACCUGUUGUCAUUCCCGGUGCGUCAAAUGCUGCAUAUUCACACUCCUGAGCUCCUCACAAAGACACACAAGCUACCCUCGAGCAUCUGUAUGAGACACACAUGGCUUUGAAACACGUACAUGGCAGUAUUAUUACUCAGAGUAACACGAUCUCACCUGAGAGAUGCACAAAGCCUUCACACCUUUUCCAGCAGGUGGUUGAUGAUGUGAAAAGCUCGCCGUUUGGUGACUACUUGGUGAGGUUUAGGAAAACAUUUUUCACAAGGGUGAAGAACCCUGGUCUCCUGGGUGAAAGUGUGUAUGACCCAUCCAGAUCUCAGAUCAGUUAGUUGAAAGCCCUGUGCGCCUCAUAUAGACGCUAAAGGGCACCUUGUGCGGUGUUUGAAGACCUGGGAAUGAGACCAGGUUCUGUGGUUUUGGUCAUGUGAAUGUUUUAACCUGCACAGCAAAUGUUUGUUCUCACUGUCACUGAUUGGUUCACUACCGGGACAUGCUCACACCUGAUUGGUUGCCUGAUUCCAUGUAUAAGACUCUUGUAAACACUAUUAUCAGCAUCCCAUAAUCACAACUCGCUGUUAAAUUUAUUCUUUGUGUUUUAAAAAAACUCGACAUAAGGCAUCAUGACUGACACAUCACCGUGCCCACAGACUCUGUUGGUUCUGUUCUCUCUACAUCCAGAGCUCAAACACAGAAUCAUCCGGAGCUUUCAGCUCAAACUUGAACUUCUCUAGAGGUAAUUGUUAAACUAUACAAACUGUCUUUACAGUCUGAUUAUUUAACAAAAAAAUCCCUGUCAUACACCCAAACAAGAUUCCUAAAGAAUAUGUCUCUGGAUAUUCGUCAGGUGAAAACAGAGAAUUUACAAACAGUUUUUUCAGCUUUCUUGUCCACUUAAACAAUUAUUAAUUAUUAAAUAUGUUUAUCUGCCCAAGUAGCCAAUAUUUGUAGAAUACUGAACUCAAUUGUGAAAAGUGAAUCUACAAUUAAAUAUGUUUAAGUAUUUGAUUCAAAGCUUACUCGUACAAAUUUUAUGAAUUCCACACGUCAAAAAACUGAGACGGCAGCCGAGAUGCUUUUAGCUGAACUAUUUGAAACAUGUUGAACUCGUAUCUUCCCGUCCAUUCGAGUUGCUCAUUCAGGUCUCUCUCCUGACUUUGUCCGCACUAAUACUACAAAAAGACAGUCAGAGUAUAAAUUUGGCAACACGGUGGUCCUGAUCACUAAAUAGAAGGAGAAUACAGGUACAGAUGCUGAGGCAGACUUCAGUCUCUGGAAGGUGGUCUUCACCUUGUGCUGCUGUAGCUCCUGGAUGAAUUUGGCUCCGUAGCCGACCAGUCCAAGGAACUGCUUGAGGUCUGAUAGGUUUUGAGAUUGUGGACAGUUUUGUGUCCCAGCCGCCGUCUCUCAUCAAAGCUGGUCCUCGGGAAGCGAAUCUGCUGCUGUUUGAACUGACAUUUAUUUCUGCACAGUUUAAGGCCAGCUUCCUGGAUCACUUUUAGUACCUGCUCCAGACAUCUGUCAUAGAUCUCCUCAUAUAGACUUCUGUUCCUUCCAGCCUCUGUAAAGUUUCUGCUGGAAGACUUCUGGCGCACUUGACACCCCAAAUGGGGGCAGAAGGCGUAGGUCCCGACGCAGUGAUUAAAGUAGUUAGUCUGGGGCUUUCCUCAUGCAGGGGAAUCUGGUACAAUCCACUCGUGGGGUCUGAUGAUGUGAACACUUUAGACUUUAGGAAGCCGUGUAAUCUUUCCUCUAUUGUGGGGAGUACAGACAGUACUUUUCCUGUUUCAUUACACAGUAGAGUAUCCUUUGGUCUGCACAGCAUGGGACAUCUUUUCUAUUUGGCUUUUAGGACUGCAGCUACAGCAGCAAACCACUCUGUCACCUUCUCGGUUUCUCUCCUUUUCCAACCGGUGCAUCUCCUUCUUUACUCGAGGCAUGAGUGGCAAUGGAUCGCGUCUAGUCGUUUGCACUGUGUGUGGCUGAGCACGUUUUUUGAGAAUGAUUUUCACAGGUUUUGUCUUUAGCAGCCCACUCUUUCCGAACACGGUGCUGAAAUACUCCUCUCCUUUCAAUCAGUUUUAACAGCAUCCGGGCAACUGAGCAAAUGGCUGCUUUUUCUGCAAGUCUCAUACUCAGGAGAUGUGUAUUCUUUAAUUGUGUAGACAGUAUAAGCUCUGAACCAGCCUCUCAAGCUGAGCUUGCCCCCAAAAGGUCUGUCUGCAGGACCCGGUCUAUGGGCUUUAGUGAGUGUCAGCAAUGUCUUUUCACCUAUGACAGUCACAUCCGCCUCCGUCUCUAUCUUAAAGAUCAGGGGUACAUUUCCAAUGUGAAGAGUAACGAUCCUUUUUUCUGUGCUUGCUGCCUCACUGAUGUCCCCAGAAACUGAAGCUGUCCUGUACUCUGUCACUUUGUUCAGUGUUUUGUAGCAACACACUUGUGCCCAAUGUCCUUGCUGAUGGUGCUUUCUACAUGUAUUCUGAAAAGCAGGACAUUUCUUUUUAUCAGAGUGCUCUGAACAUGUCAGGGACGCUCGCUUCUUGUGCUGUGGAUUAAACUUUGACACUUCUGACACCAUGUGAUGUCUGCUUGACAUCUGACAAAGGACACCUGGAAAACUUGGAGCAAAGGUAUGUAAUGCAUUGUUCUGCCAUUGUCAACACAGACAAAGACACCCCCCCGACUGUUUGUUAACAUCCCGUACCUCCAGAUAUCGCAACAUGUGGUGAUGCCUUCAAGGCACCAUUACUAUCAGAAAUUCUAUUCAUCACAAAAGCUAACAGGUCUCAGAUUGUGAUACCAUGCUAACAGACUAAGGUUAAAGCUAACAGAUCCCAGGUGUGAUGUCAUACAAACAGGCUGAUUAUAAAGCUAAUAGGUCCCAGGUCAUGAUACCACGCUAAGAGACUGUUGAGCUUGUUAGUCCCAGUCUUAUACUUCAAACUGUUAAUUCAUAAGCUUGGUUUCCAUCCAAAUGUAUCACGAUUUUAGAAAAUGAAAGAAAAUGCGAAACAAGAAUGCUUGUUUUCAUUCACUGCUAUUGUGCGAUUAUGACGAGUUGGUUCAUUUAGAUAAGAAGCAGACGGUGCCACUUCUCCACUCGGAAAACCAUUAUGCCAUUGCAGAAGAGGAUACUGAGACAUACUGGAAAGAGCGAGUCGAAGUCGAAGCUCAAACGUAGAAAAAAAGGGAGAAAACAGAUUGGAGUUCUGACAUUUCUAUUUGUUUCAUGUACUAAUCUAAUGAUCUAAUGCGACCUCACUCACAUUAGUAACUAAUGUUAUUAGUAACUAAUGUGAGUGAGGUCGCAUUAGAUCUGUGGAAACUACUUCUGCUUCAUAUCUCUGUGUGGAAACGGUGGCUGUAUUAGAAACUGCAUACUGUACUAGAAGUAAGUACUGAUUUGACCAACAUGUAGCACUAACCCUAACCCUACUAUGCAACCCCCCCCAAAAAAAACAGCAACUCAUGUCUGUAUCAGAUUGGUCAGUCUCACCUACCCUGUCCUACAAUGCAAAGCACUGGAGGGGUCACAACAACCAGCUGGGCCAACGACAGAAAGGUUUUUAAAAUGUUUGUUUCAUCACUAAAUUCACAUCUGAGAAUUUCUCAAAUCAACUGUGCAGAUUUUGAAUAUUGACAUUUUUUCCAAAAAUCGACAAUGAAAUGAAAAACUGCUCCAAUGUUUUCUGACUGAAGCUCCAUCAGCGCCUUCGGGGGCAGCUCGCUAACCAGCCGGUCAGUCCUGCUCACGGACCAGCCGAGACCACGGUCCCACAGACCCCCAGAGCCAACACAGCCGAGGAAAGCCAGGACCAGCACUGACAGAGAGUUUUAAUCUUCAUAACGCUGGUAAUCUGUCUUCAGAGAAGGAUAACGUUACAUUUGUAAAGCAACAGAAGCAACAAGACACACCUCAGGUGAAUCUGGUUCCUUCCUGUUUCACACAGGUGUUACCCAGCUCUCAGGUGUUUUGAAAAAUCCACAUUUAUAUUUUUUUUCAUAAGGUCAAGCUGCACAGUAGAGGUGGUUUGAUUACUUCUGCUUUCCAAAACUGGAAACUGGCUAAACCUAGCCUAGCAUUCUACAAAAUAGGUCAAUUUACCAGUUCCAUCCUGCGUACUGCUAUGAAAAACUGGGUUUGUAGGUACUUCGCAGUUCUGAAUACAGCCAGCGUCUUUCAUAGAGCAAACAGUUCAACAGAUAAGACGUGUGAGUUUAAUGUUUGCUACAUCAGAGCUCACUAGAAAAGGUGUUUCCGUUUCCCAUUAACCUCGUUACCUCUUUUCAAAAAAGGCAAAAACCACCUCAAAUUUUGUUUUUGCAAACUUGAGUAAUUUUUUUGGGAGUUUUGCUUUUUUCCUUUAAACUUUUCGAAUGCGAUACUUCAAAAUACGUUGAAACAAGGUUAUUGCAAUGUAACUCUGAAAAUAUGUAUGUAUGUAGGCUAUGAAACAAAAUGUACUCCUUCAGUGGUUGGCUAUCAGGUUGUCAGUAGUAAGCUAGUUAACCUGCCGUGCUGAGGUUACAUCUUACACUGGAGCUCAUUAACACACUCGGUUGAUCCAUCUUACACUUUGCUGUUAUGUUUUCGGAAAGUUGAUAAAAUGGCACAACCCUCCAAAAUUGAUCUCAGACAGACCUGCAGCCUAGUUACAGUCGUCAAGCUGCAGCUGGACAAUCGUAAACUGUCAGUUCAGACUCGACUGGUGACGUCAGAACCCGUUAACGCCUAAAGACAUGAACCCAGCUGUUUUUGUCACGAUCAUGAUCUCAUGAAACAUUUGUAUGUAUGAUGUAAUCUGUUAAUAGUAAUAGUUAAUAUUCAUUAAUUACUCCCAACGGUUCGGUUAAACGAGUUAGAUGAAGUUUCUGUCGCUGCAUUAUUUAAAUGGAAUAAUACUGAAGUCUUUGACAGAGAACAGCCGAACAGGAAGUCAGGACGAUCAGCGUCGCCUCAGGAAACCUUCGUACGAACUUACCAAAGUAAGAGUCUUGUUUUCUACCUGAGCUCUUGACUUCAACAUUCAACGCUGAGCAGCAGUGGAGCUAAAAGCUAAAAAGUUUGUCCUGAGGCAUUGUGUUAACCCCACCCCCAGAAACCAGACAGAAGGUUUUCACAGGUGGCAGUUUGCAGUUUAGACUCAUGAUCAGGACGACGGACACACCGUUAAUGUUUGUUUUACUUAUGUUUGUCUGAUCAGCUGAUCAGUCAGCUGUCCUUUGAUUGGCUGAUGACCUGCUGCCUGUUGACCCUCAAGCUAUUCAGUUCAAUGUAAAGAUGCUAUAUUUGCAGUUUCCAUGGAGACCACAGAGUGAGUGAGAGAGAAAAGGAGAAAAGUCUUUUUUUGUUUUGCAAUGAAAGUGAAAUUAUUUUUGAUUUGUGUGAAAACAUCAGUGAAUUGUCUGACUGAACGUCUGGAUUCAUGUUUGAACACGAUGUAGAAGUUUCUUUAAACAACCUCAGAAAUAUUUGGCUAAAUUUAAACACGUUUCACGUCAGUUCAGAUAAAGAUGUUUUAAAUGAACACAAGUUGGUGAAACUGAAUCUCUGAUCUCGUUUCUGCAGCUCAGAAUGAAACACAAACUGGAUCUCUGUACAGACCGCUGCCUGUUUGACUGUAUUUCAAUAUUAAAAACCUUUAACCAUCUUCAGUCUCCUCUAAAUGUUGGUCCACCUCUGUUCAGGUCAAGUCGGUUGCCAUGGUGCUCUGGUCUGUGAAGACAUUUAGACUACGACAGGCAGACUGAAACUUUAAAACUCUUUUAAUGAACAAAACAACUGAAGCGUUUAUACAGUGAACACGAAGACGACGAGCAGGAGGAAGCUGCAGGCGGCCAUGAGGCUCUCACUUCUUCUUGAACCUGACGGACAGAACAGAGCGUCAGACAUCUGAACUCGGCUUCACGUGGCGACGCCCAGAGGGACGGCAACACUUACUUUGAGCCGCCAGGACGCUUCCUGUCCAAACCGAGACGCUUCCUGUCUGUGAAGGAUGGUCUGUAAUGAGACAGGUAUACAGACAGACAGGUGAGACAGCUGCACAGACAGACAGGUAUGUUGGCAGGUGUACUGGCAGUAUGACAGUCUCACCCGGCUCUGUAGUGUUUGAGAACCUUGCUGCUGGUGUUGGUCAG